AUGACUCAGAACCAAGACAUUAUGAAGAAAGUUGUUUUCUUUAUUGAUUCGUCGCAAAUAAAGAUUCUUUGGUCAAAGGAUAAAGUGUCAGUAGCAACACCCUGUGACGAUCGAUGGCCAUGCGCUCGCGUCACCCGCGCGUUGGGUAUAAACACGCGAGCCUGCCGCACCGAAGUCAGUCCACUCUCGGGUUCAGCACACGGCGCACACCAACAACUACCACUGUUCAACAAAAUGUUUGGACUCAAGAGUUUCUUUGUGUACUCCCUCUUACUCUCCGUCACGGUACUCGGUAAGCACAAAAAGGCCAAGCCGAAGAAGUUCGUAUCGCCCACCACUAAAGGUAUACAAUGCUACAACUGCCUGUCGUUCGACCAUCCCGGUUGCUGGGAUCCGGACCAUCCAGACUACGCCAAUGUGACGGUACCCAACAUCGACUGCUACAUUCCCGGAAUGGCGUUCCUGUGCAUAGUAAUCACAUCAGAGUCGGCGAAAUUGGUGGAAACCGGUCAAGAGAUCGGUCCGGUCCGAGCGCGCACAUGCGUUCCAGCCAAGGAUUUCUCUAAGAAGACCGUUUCAUACUCCAUGUGCAGUAAGUUGAGCAAGGAACUGUCAGCGUCGGAGAUAUUCUCCCGUAUAGCGGUGAUCAGACCACAGUGCACCCUUUGCAAGAAGCAUCUGUGUACCGAUGCAUCGCACUGCUAA